AUCUUUCUCUUUUCGCCCAUGGAACUGCCGCUCAUUUCCCCUUUGAGGCUGUAUUCCGAAUCUUUGUGGUGAAUUCUCCGGCACAUGUUUAUUUGAAAUUCGAAUAAGUCCGCAUAUACACAGAAUAAUCGGCAGUCGAUGUCGGGAAUCCAUCAAGAACAGAGCCCUUAGAAUGCAUAGUCCACGUCUUUGGAAUAUAAAGCGGGCAUCAGUCCUCCUCAGCGCUGCUCUUUUGCUCUAUGUUUUUGUUUUCUCCAGCGGCUAUCAAAAGUACCAGAUCGAGGGCAUUAUCAAGCGGAGCCAACCGGAAAAGGUCUGGGAGUAUGUGGCGGAUUUUAAUAAGAUGCGGCUGCUAAAUCCCACAAUCAUAAGUUUUAAGAUCCUAGCCGAUCACGGACACGCCCAUGACUGGCGCUAUACGGUGGAAUAUACAGAAAGACUCUCCCAUUGGCCCUACUGGUUAAAUACGGCUACAGCCAAAUAUGUGGUCACCAAAACAAUGCCCGGAGUGACUCCGGUGGCCUAUGUCAUCAAGUCUACCCAUCAGACUUGCUUCUUUGCCGGAUUCUACUGCUUGCAAUCAUUGAGUGAGUUUACAUUCAGUAAAUCGAAUGGAGAUACCUUGGCCCAUGAGAACGUUCAGUACCAGUGUCCUCCUCUUCUGGGCAGCGUGUGCCGGCGGGAGCUGGUAUUCCAACGCCAAGCGGUGAUGCACAACUUAACAGUUAUUUUCGGAAAACAAAGAGCUUAAAAACGUUUUUAAAUAUGGAAUUUGUGCAAAAAUUAAAUUUAAUAACCUUUUAAAAUAAACCUUAAUUUUUAU